CCGGUGGAUGCUGCCCCGCAACGCAGCGUUCCUCCGCUUCCGAGCAUCCUCCGAUGCGUUUGUCGAGACUCGGAAUCGCUCUAGCGGAAAAACAGUCGGGCAUAGCCGUUCUUGAGAGCGCUAACAGUGAGCAGACACCAAUGCCGACGGAAAUCGCGCGCUACACGAAGCGUCUCGCCACGGGGCGGGCCAGGCGGAGAACCAGCGACUGAGCAGGUGCUGCGGCUGCGCACUUUCAGCCAAAGGCGUCCCUCCUCCUCGACCUGCCAGCCACGCGGCAGCGCCGGGCAGUAGCAGUGCGACCGCGCCGAGCGCCCACACACGAACAGCGUCGAGACCACGGGUCGAGACCACGCGCCCCUACCUGACACAGGCGGCGAAAAAGCUGAGAUCUGCUGCUUCCCAGAGUUUGGAUCGAUUCUCGGCCUAGAGACUGAAAACCGAUCUGCGCGCCGCUCUUGGCACAUUUCGAGAGCCGUUGUGUUUGCUUGCUUGGUUCACCGGACUGUCUAAGGACUCUCAAGUUCAAAUGCGGUGGCUAUAUCGUCGAGACUAAUACUACGCGUUACCUCGCCGGGCUACAUCAUACCGAAGAACAGCAACGGUGAGACUGCCAUGGCAUUCAGUCAGCUGUCGGCGGCUGUUAGUGUUUCGUCUGCUACUGCCCGUCUUCUGCGAGCGUGUGUUGGCGCCUCGGCUGUGGUUGUGCCCGCGCGUUCAUGCUUUUACAAGAGGAGCCGUAAAGGUAGCGACGACUAUGAGCGGCCGCCGCCACAAGUCGACUACAGGACGCUGUUCCGGAAUGGCUACAAGUUGCUGAAAGAAGACGCGCGUCAGUUUAGCGACGAGGUGGUCGAGGCGCUGCGCGGCGACCCCGCAAUUUACGAACACGGCGACUGCGAAGUCUUCUGGAAGUUUGACGCCAAGACCAUCGACGAGUGGACGGUGACCACCGACAGGGACAACAACGAGGGCUUCUCGCGCGCCGAGUUGGCGCCGGGACCUGCCGGCGCCGGCGUCUUCUCGGGCUACCUCGACACCCGGGUGCCAAAGGACGGCAAGGUGGCCGAGACCGGCUACUGCAACAUCCGCUCGCCCCGGGCGAGGCGGCCGUUCGGCAUGCCCGCCGCCUACGAGUGGUCGGCGUUCACGCACCUGGAGCUACGCAUUCGCGGCGACGGGCGCACCUACAUGCUCAACCUGGGUGCCGACCAGUACUUCGACGUGACGUGGAACGUGCUCUACCAGUUCCCGCUGUACACCCGCGGCGGACCCUACUGGCAGCUGGCGCGCGUGCCUUUCUCCAAGUUCUUUCUGAGCAACAAGGGCCGCGUGCAGGACAAGCAGGGCGCCGUCGACCUGACCGGCAUCAAGCACCUGGGCAUCACGCUGGCCGACGGCAUCCCGGGCCCGUUCCGGCUCGAGAUCGACCACGUCGGCGGCUACGUGGACGGCUCGCACAGCGAGGAGUUCGCCUACGAGAUGUACGAGGUGCCCUUGGGCUAUGGGCUCGGCGGCUGACGUGGUGGUACUGUGGAAGUGUGUUGGCUAGGCUUGUGCAGGAGUAAACGUGUUUUUUGAGGAGAGGCCACGCAAGAAUACUCGACGUGCUCAGCCCAAGCAGUACACAGCUGUACUGAACUUUAGCAGCAAUACAUUUGGUUCGUGCACGAUCCCCUGUGAGUGUCUUUCCUGUUUGGAAAGUGGCAACACGUGUGUUGGUUCCAUCAACGUUUCUGCAGCUUCGUACUGAUUCAGCAGGAAGACAUUGGGCAGUGCAUAGAAACUUUUAGGGAUUAGAGUGGGCGCAGAUUGUGCAUUACGCGAGUAAACGCCCUUGACGUUUUUAAAGGGCUAUUUAAAGUGGUA